AUGGUUUUUUUUAUAAUCGGUUUAGGACUUGGUGAUCAUCGAGAUAUUACGGUUAAAGGAUUUGAAGCUGUAAAAACAUGCAAGGAGAUCUAUUUAGAAAGUUACACAUCUAUACUAGGAAUUAAUAAAUUAUAACUAUAAGAAUUUUAUGGAAAAGAAGUUAUUGAAGCAGAUAGAGAGUGCUGUGAAACUGGAAUAGAUUAAAUACUUGAAAAUGUGUCAAAAGAUCCUCAAAAUAAUUAUGCGUUCUUAGUUGUAGGUGAUCCUUUUUGUGCCACUACACAUACAGAUCUAUUCUUAAGAGCAAUAAAGUUGGGAAUCAAAGUAGAAGUGAUCCAUAAUGCAUCCAUUAUUAAUGCUAUCGGUUGCACAGGGUUAUAAGUUUAUAGAUUUGGAGAAACAGUGUCUGUACCAUUUUUCACUGAGAAAUGGAAACCCUACAGUUUUUAUCCAAAAAUCAAGGCUAAUUUAGAUCAUAAUUUACAUACUUUAGUCCUUUUGGAUAUAAAAGUGAAGGAAAUUUCAGAAGAAAAUUUAGCAAGAGGCAAGAAAAUUUAUGAAGCCCCUAGAUUUAUGAGUACACAAAUAGCAGUAGAAUAAAUUAUAGAAUCAGAUAAAUAAUUGGGGUUAAAUGCAAUUGAUGAAAAAACAAAGUGUUUUGGAGUUGCAAGAGUAGGGUUUGAAACAUAAAAAAUUGUUUCUGGGUUUUUACAUGAAUUCUUGGAUAUAGAAAUGGGACCACCUUUACAUUCGUUUGUAAUAUGUGCUAAGGAAUUGCAUCCCAUCGAAGAGGAAAUGUUCUAGUUUUAUAGAAACAAUUAACAAAAAAUAGAUUGA